AGAUUUGAUCUCGCAAAGGAUGCUUACAGAGCUACUAACCAUAAAGAUGAAUAUACGCAAAUGACACUCUGGCUUGAAAGACGCGAGAAGAUGUUAUGGCACAAUAAUUUCGUCCAAUGGCGCCUUGCUGGCGAUCCUCCUCCACAAGACAGACGUGUUCCAUUGGAUAGUGUAGUUCACGACUAUGGCGCCACUUUUUUCACCGAAGCAUUAGCUCGUUAUGUCGUUCGCACAAAUCAACCUGGCCUUUCUCCAGCGCAACUUGAACAAGAAGCUUCCCAUGUCAUCCUUCCCUUCCAGACUGUUGCCGCAUUCCAUAGGGUCAAGUUCCACGCAAUCAAUGCUCACGGACAUCGUGAUUCAACCGUUACCGUGGAUUCAGUGCACUGUCAGCCACCACGAAAGGACAAAAGAAGGCAGAUAGUUCCUGCGCGCUUCGACACAGUUUUAGUUAAUGAAGAUGGUGGUGGGACGACAGGUGUUGAUGGGUAUCGUGUUGCACAAGUGCGCAUCAUCUUCACGCUGACAAGCCAGGCUACAGCUGCCUUAUUUCGCACACCUGGAAUUUUGCCUACCCACUUUGCAUAUGUGGAAUGGUUCACGCCAUUCGGGCAGCCUGAAGCAAACCAUGGUUUGUAUAAAAUUUCCCGCCUCAUUCGUAAUGGAGAGCGUCUGGCAAGCAUCAUUGACAUUUCUGAUAUUCGCAGGAGUGUACAUCUUAUUCCAAAAUUCGGCCCUGUAGCACCUCAUGAAUGGACCAGUAGUACCGUUCUGGAGCUUUGUUCUACCUUCUUCAUAAACUCGUUCAGCGACAGGCAUGCUUAUUUAACUAUUAUCUGACUAGUACUAGAAUCGACUA